AUGGCUCGUUAUGAGAUGCCAAUAAUUAUAAAGGCCCUUGGGAAUGAAGGCGUAAAAGCAGCUCUCAAAAGGCACAUCCUCCGUCUCUUGGACAAUGACCAAGUCGUUUUUGAUGUGAAGAACUUGGGGCUAAAACGACUUCCCCAAGUUUACCGUGUUGGCGGAGAAAAGCAAUUUGAAGGUCACUACUUCCUCCUUAAUGUGGAUGGACCCACCGAGGGACUCAGGAGAGCAACGGCGCUCUCCAAGAAAGACGGCGGAAUUAUCAAAUGUAACUCCUGCAAAAUCGACGACGGCUGGCGCCCACCAUGCAAGGUUCCCAACGCUCCCCCAUGUGAAUUUGGCGAGAUCCGGAACCCAAACUAUGAGAAGACGGCAAGAACCAAGCACGGGUUCCGCGCCUUUUGA